ACACAUAAUAUCAUUCUUUUUUAAUUGGAUGUGUCAUUCUUGAAUUAGUUUCUUGAUCCAAAAUAAACCCCAAGUAUGUGGUAACAAAAUUAAUUAGUAUAAAAUUAGUCCUUUGAUUGAAUUCUUUUUGCUUAAUUCUGAAAUUUUUAAUUGAAUUUGCUGUGGUUUAUUUAGCUGUGUUGAUAUUUGUAUGCUCAUUAUGAACUAUUUUUCUUGUUAUUGAUCUUUCUUUUUCUUUUUCAGAUAUAUUUCAGUUACUGAAGUGAAAUAGAUUAGAAAAUUAACUCCAUAGAGAAGAAAGGAAAGUUGCUUAGAUUUACUUGUAUUGAGGUAUACCAUGGAAAUGAAUAAAAGUAGGUAGCACAAGGGGAGGAAUUGUUUUUUAUUUUAUUUUAAAUAACUAGUGAGGGGAAAAUCUUGUAAUUGCCUGUUAAAGUGAUUUGUACAAUUGAGCAUAUGUGAGAUUUAAGUUAUUACUUCUAUGGAAAUUGAUCUUGAAUUGCCUUCGGGGUUUUACAACAACAACAACAUACCCAGUGUAAUCCAACUUGUGGGGUCGCCUUUGGGGCUUGACAAAAAGUUAGAUAAUUAUGUGGGCACAAGUGCUAUUAAUGAUUCAAUUCAAAGUCAUGGUGGAAAAGAAAAUGUGGAAGAGAAUGUUGAUGGAAGUGGAAAUGAGACAGGUAUAGAUAUUGUUGAUGUUGAUGUUAUAGAUAAGGGUAUAGCCAACAGUGAGCCACAAAAAGGUAUGGAAUUCGAAACGAAGGAGGCUGCGUAUUCUUUCUACAAGGAGUAUGCGAGGUCAGUGGGAUUUGGCAUCACGAUAAAGGCUAGUCGCAGGUCAAAGAAGUCGGGAAAAUUUAUUGAUGUGAAGAUUGCGUGCUCUAGAUUUGGGGCAAAGCGCGAGUGUGGUAGUUCUCGAUCAUGUCCCAAGACUGAUUGCAAGGCCAGUAUCCAUGUGAAAAGAAAGCAAGAUGGAAAAUGGUAUAUUAAUAGUUUCGUGAAGGAACAUAAUCAUGAAAUUUGCCCGGAUGACUUUUAUUACUCUGUUAAGGGUAGGAGUAAGCAGUCGGCUAAUGUUGUUUACGAGAAAAAAGGACUGCAACUCGUAUUGGACGAGGGGGAUGUGGAACUGCUGCUUGAUACUUUAUCUCUUAUGCAAGCGGAGAGACCUCAUUCUUACUAUGCUAUAGACUUUGACAAAGAAAAACGUAUGAGAAAUGUAUUCUGGAUUGAUGCAAAAGGUAGAAAUGAUUAUGUCCAUUUUUGUGAUGUAAUUUAUUUGGACAGCUACUACAUCAGAAACAAAUACAAAGUCCCAUUUUUACCCAUCAUAGGGGUGAAUCAUCAUUUCCAAUUUUUGUUGCUCGGAUGUGCCUUGGUCGGGGAUGAAUCAUUAUCAACAUUUUCUUGGUUAAUGCAUACUUGGCUUAGAUCUGUAGGUGGCCAGAGUCCUAAAGUAGUUAUUACCGAUGAUGAAAUUUCCUUGAAAGAAGCAGUAGAUGAGGUUUUCCCUGACGCACGACAUUGUUUUUGUUUGUGGCAUGUAAUGGGAAAAGUUUCUCAAAAUCUUGGUAAUAAGAUAAGUAAUACUGAAGAUUUUGUAAAGAAGUUGAAGAAAUGCAUGUGGUUGCCACUUAAAGAAGAAGAAUUUGAAAAAGGAUGGUGGAAAAUGGUCGAUUCAUUCAAACUGAGGGAUGAUGACUUGAUUCGAUCAUUGUUUGAAAAUCGAACAAAAUGGGUUCCAGUGUACAUGAGGAAUACUUUCUUGGCCGGACUCUCUACAGUUGAGCGGUCUGAAAGUGUGUCUUUCUUCUUCAAUAGUUAUAUUUCGUCUAAGACUACUUUCAAAGGGUUCAUUGAUCAAUACAAGCUAUUCAUGCAUGGGAUGUAUGAGGAGGAAGCAAAAGCUGAUAUUGAAACACGUCACAGAAAGCCUAUAGUAAAAACUCUCUCCCCUUAUGAGAACCAAAUGUCUGCUGUCUAUACAAACUCGGUAUUCAUGAAAUUUCAAGCUGAGGUUGUUGGCGUUGCUGCUUGCACUAUUCUGAAUGAAGUUGAAGAGGGAACAGAAAAGUUGUUUAAAGUCAAUGACCGUGAUAAGAACCAGAGUUUUAUGGUAUCAUGGGGUGGAAGAGAAUCUUGCAUCGCCUGUUCAUGCCAUUUCUUUGAGUAUACAGGUAUUCUUUGUAGACAUGCAGUUACGGUUCUAAAAGUAUUUGGUGUCCCCAGUAUCCCACCGGUGUAUAUAUUAGAGCGGUGGACACGGGAGGCAAAAAUUAAAGGGAGAGCGUGCGGGAUUCUAAGCAACCCUCUUUAUAGGACGCAACGCCUCAAUGAUCUUUGCAAACUUGCUGCCAAAUUGGGGGAAGUUGGAUCUUUAUCCCAGGAAACCUAUGAAUCAGCUGUAAACGCACUCAAAGCUGCCAUGAAUGAUUGUGUCAAUGCAAAUAACUCUGUGAAGAGUGCAUCAGUCUCUAACUUUUCAUUUUCUCAAUGCAAUCAUAAUGUUGAUGAAGCGAUUCAAGGUGGCAGCAUGGCAAAGUCCUCAAAGAGAAAGAAAGUACAGAAGAAGCGCAAGUAUUGUAGGUUCAAUCUAAUGUUGAAGUACUAUCUGCCGGUAUCCAAGAUAGCAGCCUGGAGAUGGAUCAAUCAAACUCAAAACUACCAACUCAUGAAGAUGCUUUCCUUGCCCAGAGGCACGUACAAGAAUCCAGGCCCCAGAAUGGAAACUAUUGACGGAUACUAUUUUCCUCAUCAGAGCGUUCAUGGAUUGGGUCUGUUGAGUUCGUUUUCUAUGUUACAAGAUAGCUAUUACAGCAAUCAUCAAGCCUCACAAAACGUUCUGGGAAACUUGAAUUAUAUAUCACCCCAUGGUGGUCAUUACUCUCCUCAAAGUAUUCAAGGACCGUUGCAGGGACAACUUAGCUUCAGAGCGCCACUACUGCAUACUUCUUUUGACAUUCGGGGAAAUUCAUCUGAUAUGGACAAUUCAACCAGUGUCACAGGAAAACAUAUGCAGGAUUAGUGUUUCUCUCGGCAGGAUUGGAAACAAUGCUUAAUUUAUCGCCUUAGGAAGUUAGCUGAAUAGGAAAUUAAGAUUACUCUAAAAGUUAUCUAUGCCUAAGCAUGUUUAAUGUAGAAGGGAAAAUAAUUGUAUGUUAAUUACCGAAGUCUCCUGAUAAAUAUCAAUAAGGACUUCAAUAUUUCUUUUGUUUCUGGAUGCAACAUAUGGUCCCGUGAUAUGAGAAGAAAUGUUUCUGUUUUC